GUGGCGUAUUCCAUAUGACGUCAUCGAGCGCGAGCAACGAAUUACCAAUAAUAACGAAGUUCGUUAUAAUUUAAAUUUUUUUAUGUAUCUGUUACGGAGAGGUCGUUGGUUGUACGUUCUCGACAUGGAAGAAAACAAAUCUAUGAAUUUAAGCAGAGUUAUCCAGAAACACGCUGGAAGAGCUAAGCAGAUAUUUUUGCAAAAUUUCGGAAAAGCCGACAAAACAAAAGAUGUAAUAUUUGAAGAAUAUUUAGACGAAUUCAAUAGAUGUCUACUUUCAGUAAGAAGAUUGGAUAAAGAAAUUAAGAAUUUCUUGUCUUGUUCCAAAGCUAUGAAGGAAGCUAGUAAACAGCUUACGGAUUCCUUUAUAAAAAAUUAUAAUAUUCAAUAUUUAGAUUUUAACGGACUUUCUAAUCAUCUUCAAUGUUUAGAAACAUCGUGGGAUGUGUUUAUUCGGGAAAUAAUUGAUCAGAUAACUGUACCCAUAUCGACGUACCUGAACCGUUGUAGUAAAUUGAAUGUUAAAAUCGCCAAGAGGAAUCGUAAACUUGUCGACUACGACGGUUGCAGGCGUAAUCUGCAAUCUGUACGCAAUAAAGACGAAGUAAUAAUUAGUAAAGCGAAAGAACAAUUUGAAGAAGCCGGGCGUCGUUACGAAAUGAUCAACGACGAGCUUCUCCGAGAAUUGCCCGAACUUCUCGAGAAAGGAGUUUGGUUCCUGACUACAAAUAUGGAAAGUUUCUUCCAAGAACAAAUAAAGUUUAAUAAGGAAUAUGCAAAUGCCUUAACAAAUGUCAUUGAUGUCUUCAAACAAUUUGAAUAUCAACCAUUAAAUUCUAAAUAUAGACCAUUCAAUGGUAUUGGUGAAGGCAGCAUGGAUUUUACUGAAGAUCUCUGUACUCUUUCUUCACCAAAGAACAGUACAUCUUUGUUUAAGACUGAUUUGAAUAGAAGAGUGUCGACACCUAUCGAAGCUAAUUUUAAACAAAAAUCAAAAUUUGGAAUGGUGGAAAGGAAAUAUUUUUCAAGAAGUAAAAGCACCGGAUGUAUUAAAUCUAUCGGCGACGUAACUUCUAUAACGUCUAUAGCCGGAACGGAAAGUGAUUUCGAUAAAUAUAAAGAAAAUUCCGCAAACUGCACGGUGACGACUGUGGACGGUUACGACAUUCCCGUCGAUGCCAAUAUUGAAAAUUUACCUUCCGGAGUCUUAUAUAAAGUGAAAACGUUAUACGGAUACGUUGCCGAAGAUUUGGACGAAUUAAGUUUUGAACGUGGAGAAAUUAUCAGAGUAGUAAGGUACGACGAAACGUACGAAUGUGCCGAAGGCUGGCUCUGUGGUAUUAAAGAAUCUUCGGGAGAGAAAGGACUCUUUCCUGCUAAUUUUACAGAACCUAUGUAAUUGCUCCUCAUUUAAAUAAAUUCAAGCUAUUAUUUGAGUCAAUAUAAAUUGAUUUAUAUGAAAAUUUGAUUAUA